UCCUCAAAAGCUUGAUGCUUUCAUCAUGGACAAGGCACUUCUGGACUAUGAGGUAUCAAUUGAUGCUGACUGCAAACUUCUUACUGUUGGCAAGCCCUUUGCUAUUGAAGGAUAUGGAAUUGGCCUUCCCCAGAAUUCACCACUGACUUCAAAUAUAUCUGAGUUCAUUAGUCAGUAUAAGUCUGAUGGUUUCAUGGAUGUGCUACAUGACAAAUGGUAUAAGGUAGUGCCUUGUGGGAAAAGAAGUUUUGCUGUUACAGAGACACUGCAAAUGGGAAUAAAGCACUUUUCAGGUCUGUUUGUAAUGCUGAGCAUUGGAGUCGGGGUUUCACUUCUAACAACACUUGGAGAACACAUUGUUUAUAGGCUAGUGCUGCCAAGAAUUAAAACAAAGCCAAGACUAAAAUACUGGCUCCAUACUAGCCAGAGACUGCACUGUGCAUUAAAUGCAUCUUUCAUUGAAGACAGAUAUCAGAACAAGACAAAGCAUACUGAAAAGAGAUGUAAGAUGGGCAAUAACCAGCAGGUAUUGUUGAACGCAGCCAGCCAGGCAAACUGUACAAGAAGGAAGUACCUUUUGCACAACAAACCUCCACAUGAGCUGAAGCUGAAGAAUUAUGCAGACAUCCCAUUACCCCAGCUAAGACGAGAACCCCCAGCCACCCUUGAAUCAAAUGGGAGAACAAACUCCCUGAACUCUGUUAGGAGCUCAGUAAUACAAGAGUUAACAGAACUAGAAAAACAGAUCCAAGUUAUCAAACAGGAGCUGCAGCUUGCAAUGAAACGAAAGACUGAGCUGGAAGAGUACCAGAGGACCAACAAAAUGUCCGACUCCUGAGGUGAAUGGCAUUAAGUGCACAGUGAUGUGCUUGUUUAUGGAGCAACAGAAGGUGGGGGGUAAACUUCUAUCUAAACAAAAUCUUCUUUAAGCAUCCCCUAACUCUGAGUGCCAAAUUUAUUCUAGCCCAGGGAUUCUUUGUAGCCUAAAAUAUGCAUUUUACACCACUUUGUAAAUAACUCCAAUUGUACAUAUACCAUUCAACAAAAGUAAUGAAGACCUCCACACAGGACACUUUGCCUUUUGUGCUUGAAGCAAAUCUGAACAAAAAUGAAAAGGAGGACAACACAGUGGUUUGAAAAGCAUGUCAAUUCAUUUGUAUUGCAUAUUUAUAUUCUCUCCGUCAUGCAAAACAGAAGCUGUAUUUUAAAAUAUUUUUUCUGAGAUGAUUCGAUGACUGUUUACUGUUUUUAUAAACUGAUGCUAUAUCACAAAGUAAAUUUAGAACAUCAGAAUAUUUUAUAGAUUUUUUAAACAUUUUCAUCAAAAGAAUGUACUGAACUACCAGAAGCUUGUAUACAAUACAUACUGAGGCACAGAGGAAAGAUAAUAUUUGAGACAUCAAAGUCGAGAUCAUGGACAUAUUAGGUUUAGGUAGCUAUAUGGAACUACGGUAUUAAAAUGAGAACUGCAGAAAGGGGAGCAUUAGAAUAUUAAUGUUUGCUGUUCAGCACAAUAUAGUUACAAAUAUUUCACUGAACACUGGUCAAUAACAUAUAAAAGUCUAUGGUAACUUUUCAUGCUAUGUUAUUGUGUCAAACAUUGAUGUGUUGUAUGAAUUUGGUGCUUCUCUUGCUAUCCAAAUCUAGUGUUAUUCCAAUAUCCUUUUGCAGAUGAACACGCAAAAUAUUUACCAUUUAACUGUAUGGAUACGCUAGCAUUGUGAGACAGCUUUGAACUAUUGAUUGAUCUAAUUUCUUUGUACAAGUACUGAAGUGAAUAUCCUAAACAUUCAGCUGAAAAAGUCAAGAGCAUGUGAAAUGAAGCAGUUAUGUUUAGCUUGGGUAAGGGCUGUUGGACUCAAGGUUCUCUCCAAGAAGAUAGCUGUCACUAAACCCAGAGCAUGGUAUACAAAAAUAGUCAUAUAUUCAAUCACAGACUAUGUACUAGGGCACCCAUGUUAUAGCACUUCGAAAAAAAAUUUACAUUUCACAUUUCCUGACCUCAACACCAGGAUUCUGAUUUAUAUGUAUUUUACAUUUACCAUUUAAAAUGUAAUUAAUAAUAAUAAGAUAAAUAAAAUAAGACAUCCUUACAGUAUAACUGAUAGGGUCAUAUGGAAUACAAAUUUUGAAUACACAAAAAUCAACAACCAGAUUUAAUAAACACUUUUUAGACUGUUUGAUUAUAUUUAGGAGAAAGCUUUUUACAAUGUGUGCAGUAUUUCAGACAAUGGGCCUGCAUUCUACAGACUGAUUCACACUAAUAUACUGUUUCUUAAAAGCCACAAAAAGCAUCAUUUUAAAUAUACUGGGCCAGAUUCUAAGAGUUGCUCUUAGUAUAAGUAACUAACUCCAGUUAAGCUUGCACCAAUUCCAAAAGGCUGGUUCUCUGUGUAAGUGACUUACUUCUGUGUAAGGCCUAGGCUUACAUUUGGGGCCAAAUUCCAAAAGACUUACUAUAUGUGACUUGAGAUAAAGUCUUUUGGAAUUGGGCCCAUUGUUUACCAGACUACUAUACCAAUAUGUAACCCAAGUUGAUAUAUUCAAAUACAAUAAAUCAGAAUAUCUCAUCUGAAAACAAAUACAUCAAAAUUAUUCAUCAAACAUAAAUACAACACCAACAGAACUGUGACACACAGAAAAAUUAAGCAAAUGUGCAAGCUAUUUAGUCCCCCUUGAAAUAGAACUUGCAAGCUAAAUAUAAAAACAUGACUUCUAAAGAUCACCAGAAGCUUAACUAUAAAACACACUGAUAAUAGAUCUGGACAGUACAUAUUUGAUUGUUAUGGAUUCUGAUAAUGAAACCACAACCAGGCACAUAUAAUUAUUAGUACCUGCAUAUUAAGGAACAAAGAAAUAUGAAAGAGGUCACAGAAAGCUGUAUAUAGAUUAUAGAUUUACUAAGACAAGUGUCAUUCACAUGGCUAUUUUUUUUCCUGGUACUGCUUUGACAAAGCAAAUAUGAGGAAUGAGCAGCUAUAAGUUACUGUUAUCAUUUUACAGACUUAAAAAAUUUAAAAAGAUUACUGUAUGUAACUAGUCUAAAUCCCAGUGCAGCAAAAAUAACAACUGCUGUAACUGUGAACAGCACACCAGGGAUAUGAAUAACAAGAGAAGCGGACAAGUUAUCUGCCAGUGGUAUAGAUGACUUACCCCAUAAACAAUUAUAUCACAAACCACUAAAAGGCAAAAAGAAGCAGCAGCAGCAUCACAAAUAACCUUCAGCAGCUUGAUAUGGACUCCGAAUGACUUCCCCUGCAGGUUUAUUUUGAAGUUCAUAUAAGCUGAAGAUGGCUUCUGCUGCUACUAAUUAAUCAGCAAUGUUUGAUACUUGCAAGCCGCAUUCAAAUAAAUGUGACUUCCUACUAUGUCAGCAGAAAAUAAAACUAGUACCACAGAUAAUAUCCUCCCAAGGCUUACAUGUUUCAAUCUGGAAAUGAUAGUAUCCUAACCAUUACAGUUAAUAUCAACAUCUGGAUACACCUGUGCCAUUGUCUUUGCACUAAGAUCGUAGAAAGCACAUAAUAUGUCACGCCAUGUCUAAACCUUGCAAAGCUGUAAAACAGCAUCCCAUACUCAGGUAUUAUAGAUAAACUCCACCAACAAAAUGUAAAUCCUUAUGGAACAUCAUUGGAUAGCAAAACAAACUCAGGAAAUGAGAGUGGGUAGCUGCAUCUCCUCCAAAAGACCUUCACUAGAGAUGUACCUCAGUCUUCAGUCCUUAGGCCACUCCACUUUGGCAUUUAUGUCUCAGAUGUCAAAGUGAAUGUUAAAGGUUUAUGUCAGACCAGGUCUACAGAUGACUGUAAGCAUAGUGCUAUCAUAAACUCCCCAGAGUACACCAAAAUCUUCCAAAAAGGCCUUUCACAAACAAAAAGCUGCUGUCAAAACCGUAGAUUAAAAUUAAAUGUCAAGAAAUUUAUCAUUUGUAUUCAAUUGUAUCAUUUGGCAAGCAUGAGUUUGCUUGUAAUUAUCAAAUUGACAACACACCCCUGAAAGUUGAUCCUGUAGUCAGGGAUAUUUGGAACCUAUUUUGAUAAACAGUUGUCCUUUGAUCACCACAUAUCUACUGCUGUAAGGAAGUCCUUUUUCAUAUCAUAGCUUUUCCUUAAAAAGAUAGCAUCCAGGUUCAAGGAUAUAAUCAUACCAGUGUAAUUGGCUCUGAUCAGGCCAAUCAAUUAAUAUAAUGACCAUUUAGUAUUUACCUGUCCAAACACUUGGCACAGCUGGUGUGACCGCAAAAUUUUCUCAGUAAACAAAUCAAGGGCCUAAAUCACACAAACUAUGCAGACCAUCUGAAAGCCUUGUCCUUCUUCUUGGUAUAAUACAAUCUACUAAGAGGCAACCUCUGCUUUGUGCAUAGAUCCUCAACAAACCCUAUCUUGUCAGACCUAUUACAUGUCUGCAAGUCCAGUGGUAGUGUGAACACCUGUUCAAGGGAUCUUAAUCUCUUCUGCAUCAUAAAUAGAGCAUGCUGGGGGGACAGGUAUGUAUCACACAGAAUACCUCUUUUAUGGAACAAAGUGAAGUACUUGUCUUACUCUGUUCAAAUGUAAUUUGGAUGAAUGGAUGGGAAACUACAAAUAGAGCCCCAGUUUGGUAUCCAUACCCAUCAUAAAUAGCAGCAACAAGUAAAAGUCCCAAAAUAUCCCUGUUCUGUCUGCCUGUGGAUUAUUUGUAUGCAAAAUCUAAGAGCUAAAAUCUACCAUGGGAAUGUAAGGUUAGGCUUCUUAAGAGCUUCAUAGAUCAGUAGCCGAGUAUUUAUGAAACUAUGAGUGUAUGCACCUUGCACAACCCAAUACCAAACUUAAAUAUACAAAACCUACUUGACACAAAAGACUACAGCAAUUUAGUUAAUAAACACAGACAUAAAUUCACAUUAGUGUUGCAAAAUACAGAGAGUGAGGCAAAGCUGCAUUUUUCUGACUGUACACCUACAAAUUCUGUUCGGAUAUACAAAGUUUCAUGAAUCAUCUGUCAUCUGUUAAGGGAUUCGAGUUACAUGACAUCAAGUUAAGUGAAACUUUCUCUAUAAAAAAGGAAGUUAUUUUCUCAUCAUAACAUUCCAUCUGUGUUGUCCAUUUUAAUUCUUCCUCAGCUGAUGGGUUC